CGCAAUUCCUAUCGGAGAUGCAAAAAGGCACAGUUAAAUAAUCCCGUUUGACUUUAACCGGGCACGCGGACAGCACCGCGAUCAGAUGCUGCCUCCAAGGUAGCUGCCAUCUUCGGGUCAUUCGAGGCAAACGGCAGAGGCUGCAGGGAUGGGGGAAUCGUGUUGUCCUGAGCUGCUGACAAGCGGAAUCUGAAUCAUGCUGGCAGAUGGAUGUUGCCGAGGAAUGGAGCGAGUCCGAGGUAAGAUUGCGUCCGACUGUUUGUCGAGCGCCACAUCCGUGCAAAGCGGAGGCCAGCAGCAAAUCAGCGACAUCCAGGAGCUCGCCUCUAAACGCGUUGACAUUCAGAAGAAGCGCUUCUACCUUGACGUCAAGCAAAGUGUGCGUGGACGCUUCCUAAAAAUUGCCGAGGUGUGGAUCGGCAGAGGCCGCCACGAUAAUAUCCGCAAAAGCAAGCUGACCCUGUCCAUGUCGACGGCCCCCGCGCUUCGCUACUGCCUGGGGGACUUCAUAGACUAUUACGCUCGAAUCGGACUGCGGGGGGGCCCGCCGCAGCUAGACGACAACGACGGCGGAGCCCGCAGGAGAAAGCAGGAGCCGGCGUCCUCGCCCACUGGCUCCGCGACAUCCGAUGAGCACGCGCAACGCGUCCUCAAGAGCCAACUCAUAGAGAGGGAGAACAGAAAGUACUUUCUGGACCUUAAGGAGAACCAGAGAGGGAGGUUCCUUCGCAUCCGGCAGAGCGUUGGCAAAGGCCACGGCACCAUGGGCUACUACGGCCAGGGCGGCGAGCAGAGCAUCGUGCUGCCCGCGCAGGGGCUCAUCGAGUUCAGGGACGCGCUCUCGCAGCUCAUCGAUGAUUAUGGCGAGCACGAGCACGGCGGAGCUAGCUCCGGCGACCGCCACGACGGCGGCCCGGAGCUCCCGGAGGCCGCGUCUUUCCGCGUGGACAACAAGAGGUUUUACUUCGACGUGGGUUCCAACCGCUACGGCGUCUUCCUCAAGAUUAGCGAAGUUCGCCAGCCCUACAGAAACGCCAUCACCGUGCCUCUCAAAGCCUGGGCCACAUUUGGGGAGAAUUUCAUCAGGUACGAAGAGGAGAUGCGGCGAAUUUUCCUUUGCCACAAAGACAAGAGCGCAGACACUCGCCAGGACAGCGACGAGCACGACGAUUGAGCCGUCAUCUGCCGAUUGUUGCCUCAUAGCUGGGUCACCAACUGAUCUCAAAAUCAAUGAUGACUUUGAAACUAUUUAGGCUACUCUAAAGAGAAGAAUUGUAUUUUAUUCCCCCAAAGACAUUAAUACCCCACACCAUUUACAGGAAGAAAAUGAAAACAUUAAGAAAGUUUUUUUCUUUAUUUCACAUUUUAAACCAUCUGAAUGUUUAGAACAAUGGGAUUAAAUAAAAAACACUUGAGAUAUUUAAAAUAAAUAAAUGGUGCUAUAGAUUUUCUCACACGAUUCUGGUUUCUAUAUUAAGUUGCCCCAUGGAGGAUAGCUCAGGUCAAUUGUUUGAACAUUAGAAGAGUAGAAGUGAAGGUGAAAAUCAGACUGGCUGCGGAUUAAACAAACAACGUGACAUCACAGAAAGGGCUCAACAUCCUGCAGCCAUGGGGCUUUAUACCUUCCAUAUGUCUUGGAUUGUCCAAGGUUGUAUAUUUACAGCAUAUUGUGCAAUGAUGCAGAGGUUAUAAAUUGUAUAUGUGUUGGUGUCUUGUAUUUUUUCCCUUAAAACUAUUUUUAAGUGCUGCUUUUUCAUUAGAACUUGAAUAGCAGCUAGCUGUACAUUCAACACUAGUUAUACUUUAUAUGAGGUGCAUGGAAAAGGGGUAAAGAUUAAUGACAGAGGGCCUAAUCCUGAUUUAUUACUAUAUUCAAUCUCCACACUCAUAUGAACCUAUAAAUCAUCUUCAGAAGUAUUUAAUGUAAUACAUUGGAUAGGCUCCAGCACUCCUGUGACCCUUGUGAGGAUAAGCGGCUUGGAAAAUGGACAUGGACAUUUUUACUUAACUGACGAAAGGUUGUCAUAGAGAAACACAAAUAUUUUACAAAAGUGAUGUAUGCAGUAAUUGAUAUUUCGAAAUGACAGAAAAGUCACAGAAAGUUUAUGUUCAGCACAUAUGUGCAUUCCUGUCGAUGAAUUAAUAUUACAGAAUAUUUCAGAUAUCAUGACAUGACAAAUCACUUCUAAUACAGCAUUCCGGCCACUCUAUGUUCUCUAGUACCUGAGCAGGGACAAUUCAGAAACCUAGUUCAAAGGAGGCCUUGAAAAGACUAUGUCAGACUUUCUUUUGUCUCUUUUCUGUCAACUCGUGUCGUACCUCGCAGAUUAGUGAAAAGACGAAAUAAUAUAUCAGUGGAAGAAGAAGGAAAAAAAAGGAUUGUUCAUCAAGGCCGCCCUUAAAUGAUUGUUCAGUAGUUUUAUGGCGUACAAAACUAUUAUCUGGUGAAUUACUUUAUUUUCAUACAAGUGGAAGUUAAAAAUAUAGAACUCUAAGCACAAUUUAUUAAAAAAAACUAGCUAUUCCAUUUAUGAAUUAGUUGUGUUUCACGGAAUUUCACUAAAUGAAUUUGGCUCAGGAGGCACGUUUUAGAUGUUACAUUUGCCAAUAAUUAAAGCUAAAGAUUCUGUGUUCAUUCUCAAGAGAUUGGAAAAUUAAUUUAUUGAAAAAUGCCUUACAAUCUGUCACUUGAAUUCCAAAUAUGCGCUCAAAAAGCACUUUAAAUAAAAGCAGCACCUUUUUGUUCCACUGAUUUGUAAUCACUUGAUGAAGAAGCACUAUUUCUCUUCACGUCUUGACAACCACAGAUCCUGAUCUGGAACAAUCUUUGGAGCUGAUCUUGAACGCAACGUUCUUCUGUUUUCUGUAGAAAUCCCCCAUUUUGUGUAAAUCAAUGAAAUAAUAAUAGAAUGGGGGAAAAGAAGUAAGAGUACAUUUAGAAGAAUUGUAUAAAUUGUAUUAAUGUUCAUUUUAUGAAAAAAGUUUAUCUGCAUCACUAAUAAACAAUUAUGUGACUUAGGACAACAUCCUAAGAAUGAGAAUCACAAAUUUUCUCACACACUUGUUCACAAAGAAGUAAACCUCACCCCACCUUUGCUUGUGAAUGACUGAGCAAUUCAGAGAAGCUCUUUUUAUAGCCAAUCACGCCACCCACCUAUUCCCAAUUAGCCUCUUUACUUGUCGGAUGUUCCAAACAGGUGUUUGAUGAGCAUUCCUCAACGUUCUCAGUCAUUUUUUUUUCCCCUAUCCCAGCUUUUUUGGAAUGUGUUGCAACCAUGACAUUCUAAAUUAAGGAUUUUUUUUUAAUACAAAGUUCAUCAGUUUGAACAUUAUUAUAACAUAACAUUAUUGCCUCCGUAGUGUAUUCAAUUAAAUAUAGGGUGAAGAUGAUUUGCAAGUCAUUUUAUUCUGUUUUUGUUUAACACAAUGUCCCAACUUCAUUGGAAUUGGGGUUGUGUUUUCCACAUAAAUAGCCGUUUCUAAAUAUGUCUUGAAAUAAUGAUUUUGUUUGACAUGACACACCAAUUGACACCUGCUUUCAUCUUCUGUCUUAUGUGCUUGUUCUAGUACCUUGAGAUUUUUGUUUUGGUGUUUUUACACUUACACAGUGGUUAAAAUAAUGACGAUUACUCAUUUAUUUAGGUGUGAAACUUUGAUGAAUAUAAACAAAAUUUGUCUCCGCACUAAUGACUUGAUGUGACUAGGCUGCAAUUCAUACCUAGAAUACCAGACAGUGAUAGCAAAACACAAAGACGAUUACAAAAGGUUAGUAAUGCAAAGGACACAAAUUUGGUGUUGUCUACCAAAAAUUUGUAGGGGGUGGGGAAAAAAAGAAAAAAAUCAAUUUAUUCUGAUAAAGGUUUCAGUCAGUUUGAAGGUUAGUCCAAUUUUGGACAUUAAUGAACAAUAUUCAUAUAGGGUAAUCUGAACUAUUAAAGAUAUUUCCACACCUAAUGCCUUAAAGUAGCUUUAUGAUGUGACUGUAAAUUUUGUCUGUCUUCAAUGUGUGUUCUUUUCAGUUGGGAACAAUGAAGUCCACUAAGGAGAGUAGUUGUGUUAUGCCGAUGAAUGUGGACAUAUUACUCACAUUUAGGAUGAAAAUGGUCGUCUAUCAAAGUAAAAAUAAAGUACUGAGGCAGGACAAGUGGUGACAAACUGUAAAUGUAUUUGUGGUUGUCAUGUGAAUGUUUGCACCUUGAAGAUGUGAUGGCUUGCUGUUUUGUUUUGCCCUCUCCACAGUUCUGGAGAAUGGACCUUAGAGGUAGCACAUUUGUUUUUUGUUUGAAAGUUAAGUCACAUGAAAAACAUGGCAAGAUGUGUACAUUUUAGGUAAAUGUUACAUGCGUGUAAUAGUGUGUCCUGUAGCCCUUUAGCAUAUGACUUUAAAUAUCUAACUGGUUUUGUACUGUACUAGUUCAUCCUCUCUAUGUAAAGUACUUUAUCAGUAAUCAUUAAUUGCCUUGUAAUGUUUGAAAUAAAGCUAUGUUUAGAAAUGGUAACCAAGACAGCAAAGUUUUAGAGUGUAUGCAUGCCAUUGGUUGGGUCCUAGUAUAAAAUAAAAACGAUAUGGGGGGGGGGGGGGAUGGCGCUAUUUUCCAUUACAUAAAGGUGCUUCUUUGGACCCAAGCUAGAUGCAUGCCAAGAGGAUCUGUCGAACUAGGGUAAAAAAAAUAAUUUGAUGUCUAACAGCUGUUUUCAAAUAGAGACAAAUCCCAAGCACUUCUAAUAUAUGAAAACAUAAGUUGGAAGAACGUCUGCCAGCCAUAGGGUUAACGGACAAAAGCAAUUAUGUCUACUUACAGUUGCAGAGCUUUUGGACCAGCACCCCAAAAGUUAGACACUAUGGAUCCCUUUUUUGCUUUUUUUGAAAUACUCCCAAUUAGAUGUUUAUGUGUUGAAAUAUGGUUUAAUGUAGCAAAAAGUAUUGAACAGGAAGCAUUGUUAGAUUUGGGAAAAAAAAGUCCUGAAUAAUGCAACAAACGUGGAAAAAGGAUGCAUAUUUAUUGAUUGAUUUCUUUCCUUUUUUAUGUUAUUAAAUGUUUUA